UUCUCGCACGGACAAUUAAACCUCUCUCUCUCUCUCUCUCAAAGAACUUCAUACGUCCGUUAGUGGAAUAUAGAAAAAAAGAAUUCUGGAUUUUCUGUCUUUCUUUAAGUAUUUCAAACUUGGAUGUAAUGAAAUGUGAUAUUUGUUUUCUUGUGUAGGAAAAUAGGAGUGCAUAGGUCAUUUUAGUAUUUAACAUAUAAGCCACUAUAGGCCUUCUUUCUAAGUAUUAAAAAACUUUCACUACUAAAUUAAAGAACAUUUAUUUAGGGUAUAAAUCCAUAAUGUUCUAAGAUUAAGUUGCUUAUUUUUCUGACUGGAAUUUAAUAAAUUUCUGGAUUUUGUAAACGUUGAGUGAGUACAAAAAAAAAAAUUACACCAUGUCUUGGCUGGUUUCGAUCCUGGCAUGUUGUUUCCUGGCGCGCCUUGAAGCCGUGAGCGAAGAAAAUUUUUACCCCUACGGUAUAAAUCGUGAGGAUCCCUAUUUGGAAGCUGGAGAUGACAUCAGUUCGGGCGAGAUUCGUCUGGACGAGCCCAUUAUCUUUUACAAUAGGUCAUUCAAGUCGAUUUACGUAAAUGUCAACGGACUUGUCACGUUCAAAUCCGACUUCCCGACCUACCGGCCCGACGUGGCCAUACCCCUGGGGGCCCACGCCAUCGCCGUCUUCUUGGCCGACGUGGACACUACUACGGGCGGUCGAAUUUAUUAUAGGAAAAGCGAUGAACCAGCAAUCCUCGAUAGGUUGGCAAGCGACAUCCGCAGUCACUUCCCAGGAUUCAACACCUACAGGCCGACAUUGGUCUUAGUAGUCACGUGGGACCGAGUGGGAUACUACAAUCAACGCGCGGACAAGGUGAACACGUUCCAGCUCGUUCUUGCCACAGAUGGCACCGACUCCUUCUCCUUGUUCCACUACCUGGAUUCUGGAAUCCAGUGGACCAAGUCGGACGGCAAGUUCAGCAGCGAAAUGGAAGAUAUUCCACCUCAAGCUGGCUUCGAGGGCGGGGUCGGGGGUCACCAUCACAAGUUACCCGGAUCGGGUGACACUGCGUUAUUCAUCACUGGGUCUAAUGUAAAUACUCGAGGCGUCUGGAUGUAUCAUAUAGGGAACACAGGCAGUGGAAACGUGAGACCCGCUGAUAGGGGCACACAAGAAGUUAUUAUCUUUGAAGAAGUUGAAACAGAAACAGACGGCUGUUUCCUCAACCCUUGUGAUAAAAACGCCCAGUGUAUUGAACACAAUGGGGGAUCCUGUUGCGCCUGUGUUCCGCCCUUUUAUGGAAAUGGCAUCAACUGUCUGGAACCAGAUAUCCCACAGAAGUUGGAUGGUAGAGUGUACGGUACCCUGAACGGCAUCCCCAUGAGCAACCGUUCAAUCCUGCACACGUACGUUGUCACAACAGACGGUCGAUCCUACAGCGCCAUCUCUAAUGUGCCAUCAAGUCUAGGGCCGGCCAUGCAGGCUCUGAAUUCUAUUGGUGGGAUUAUCAGUUGGCUUUUUGCUGUGCCGAUUAGCCCAAAUGCUAAAAAUGGAUUUUCUUACACGGGUGGUGUUUUCAAUAGAACAGCUCGGGUGUCCUUCCAUUCCCUGUCUGCUAACAGGGCUGAACACACUGUGCGCAUCUCUCAGGCUUUCUAUGGGUUCAAUGACCAGUCGCACAAGUCCCUUCGUAUGACCACGACACUAGAUGGCAGCUUGCCCGACGUUCCACUUGGUGCCCUCGUUACUAUAGAUGACUACACGGAGAACUACAAGAAAACGGCUAGAGGCACCAUAAAAUCCUUUGCUGCUAGAACUUUCCGCAUCAACGACAUUGCCUAUCGUUACUCUUGGGAUAACACCAUCACAUUUGACGAGUGUGAAUCAGAUGAUUCUAGCAACGGAAAUGAUGUCAUGAAAGUCAUCGUCUCCAGGCAUUACGUCAAGCACAACGAGAAUGACAAUGUUGUACGGUAUGCUAUGUCGUCAAAAGUUGGAAUAUUUUUAGGGGCCGACCCUUGUGUCACUGCGAGAACAAACUGUGCCAGCAACACUGAUUGCAUCCCAGAUGGGGAUUCCUACAGCUGUGUUUGCCGCACUGGGUUCUCAGGGGAUGGCCAGUCAUGCUCAGAUGUUGAUGAAUGCUUGAGAAGACCAUGUCAUGAAAAUGCCCGCUGUAGGAACACAAUAGGUAGCUUCCAAUGUAUGUGUCAGUCUGGCUUUAUUGGAGAUGGUCGCACCUGCAAAGCUAAUGUUUCCUACUGUGGAACAAGUGUAUGCGACCCCAACGCGAGAUGUAUUGUUGACGAACAUGAGGACAAACAUUGUCAGUGUCUUAUUGGCUAUGUUGGGGAUGGAAUCACAUGCUCUUAUAUCUCUGGCAACUGUAACGAGGUCCAGCUCUGUCCACCCAACUCCAGGUGUGUCUAUGACGAGGAACUGCGCUCCUUCAGCUGUGAGUGUCUGGAUGAGUUCAGUGGAGAUGGAACCUCCUGCGAACCCAUGAGUGAUCCCGGCUGUGACUCAUGUCAUCGGAUGGCUGACUGUAUAUAUGACGCAGCAGGCCGCCCCAGUAGGUGCCAGUGUAAGCCUGGUUUUACAGGUGAUGGCAGGAGUUGUACACAAAUUGAUUCCUGUGCUGAAUGUGAUCAGAACGCCAGAUGUGUAUUUAACGAUGACACCAGUGACUUUGAGUGCGUCUGUGACCGUGCGUACAGUGGGGAUGGCAAGACGUGCGUGAGGAGGGACUGCAGGGAGGACGUGAGCAUGUGCCACCCUGAGGGCGGGCUGUGCUGGCACGACAAAGCCAAGAACUUCAGCUUCUGCAGGUGUAACUAUGGUUACAGAGGUGAUGGAUUUAACUGUCAACCAGUUGGAUGCGAUGUCUACAAGGACUGCGAUGAAAAUGCCCAGUGUGUGUUCAAUGGCACCAGACAUGUAUGCCUGUGUAAUGAAGGAUUCACUGGGGAUGGCAGACGGUGCAGGCCUAAGGAAGGAUGUGAGGAUUACAACGACUGCUCCAGCAAUGCCAGGUGUAUCCAGAACCCAUUAGACACGACCAAGUUUAGCUGCAGGUGUAAUCCAGGAUAUAUUGGCGACGGGAGGACCUGCACACUACAGACCGUACCAUGUAACCAGGUCAACAACUGUGAUCGCAAUGCUGAGUGUGUCUAUGACCCUGACCUUAUGUCCUACACAUGCAGGUGUUCCAGAGGGUUUGAAGGUGAUGGCAUCACAUGCAGGGAGAAAGAUAUCUUUGACUGUCGCAGGAACCCACGAUUGUGCAGCACAAGCGCUUCCUGUGUUCAAGGCGCCCAUGAGGCUUAUGUGUGUGUCUGUCUGCCAGGGUUCAGGGGAGAUGGAGCGGUAUGCGGACCUGUUGUGAGAGAAGGAUACUAUCUAGUCUAUGCCCAAGGAGCCAAAGUGAUGAGAAUUUCAGCUGACAACAAGCCAGGAGAGUAUGGCAGGCAAAUUGUCCACAUCCCUGGUAUGUUGGCUGUGGGAGUGGACACAGACUGUCGAGACGGUCACCUGUACUGGACAGAUGCCAGCAUGGGGGUCAUCAGGCGCGCCAAUCUUAAUGGUUCACAAGUGGAGACAGUGGUCACAGGUCUGAAGUCUGUGGAAGGAGUGGCCAUAGACCACGUAGCCAGAAACAUGUUCUUCACAGACUCUGAGUUAGAUGUUCUUCAGGUGUCCAAGCUGGAUGGCUCCAAUGUUAAAACACUGGUCAGCACUGAUAUGGUCAACCCCAGAGCUAUAGUCUUAGACAUCAACAGAGGAGUUGUGUACUGGACAGACUGGAACAGGAACAAACCCCAGAUAGAGAAGAUGUACAUGGACGGCACAAACAGACAAGUACUGGUCUCUGAAGGUCUCCAGCUGCCCAAUGGCCUGUCAUUUGAUACCUUCUCUCAGACACUGUGUUGGGGGGAUGCAGGCACCAAAACAAUUGAGUGCAUCAGAUCAGAUGGGACAAACCGUCGUAUAGUGUAUGCCGACGCUACUUAUCCAUUUGACAUUACAAUGCUCAAUAAUGUUAUUUACUGGACUGACUGGUCAAGGAAAGACAUACCUAACAUCAACCAAAAUGGUGGAGAAGUGAACCAGGCCUUGAGGCAAGCUUAUGGAGGAAAUGGUAAAGCAUAUGGGAUUACCUCUGUCAAGGACCACUGCCCUAGAGUAAGAAACGCAUGUGGCUACAACAAUGGUGGUUGCAGUCACCUGUGUCUGGCCACACCAAAUGGAGGAAGAACUUGUGCUUGCCCUGAUGGUGUGGAUCCAAGAGUGUGCCAGGGAAAUAACUCCGGCUAAAGGAAUCAAAGUGCCUAAAUUCUGUUUUUAUGGUUGAGUACAUUUUUUGUACAGAUGUUGUACCUGGUGGAAAGUGGUUUGUGUGUGUGGUUAACCGAUGCAUGCUGGGUAAAAGUGGAAUAUACAUUUGCUUUUUUUUUUUUAAAUAGGGCUUAACAGUUUAUUUUAUUCAUAUUCAGCUUCAGUUUAUUUCAUGUUGACGAAUGGCUAUGCUAUCCUGUAUUCUAAUGUAUCUUAUCAUUUGGUUGUAUAUUUUUGAUAAUUUCUUCAAAAUUUCUUCACUUCAAAAAAGGUAGUUAGAGAAAAUCAUUUUGUUAAGAAUGUGAUGCUAAACAUAGUUAACAUAAAUCAUGUAUGGGGCUAAAGAUUACAUGGGAUCUUAUAUGCUAAACGUAGAAGCUAAUAGCUGACAAUCCUAAAUAUAACGUGCAUAUAUUCAUACACCUGUAUAACAUGUGCAUGUAAAUACAAAUGCAUAGGUAGGUGUAUGUAACAAAAUUCUUAUUAAAUGUAAUAGUUCUAAGUGUACAAUUAAGCUGAACAUAGUUCAAACAAUCAGUUUUACUUCUGUUGGUUAUAUUAUGUUUGGAAAAAUGUUAAUUAAGUGUCGUUACAAAAUUAUUAGUAAAAACUUAUGUUUUACUGUUAAUACCCUGUAUAGCUAUAACACAUUUGUAAAUGUAUGUUGCUUCAAAGAAUCCUCACUCCUUAUUGUAUGGCGUCAUCCCAUAAUUUCAACAUAUGUACCAUCUUUCUAGUCUUGUGCUGUGUUGGUUCUAUAGAGUUGCUUAGGAUCAUGAUUAACUAAUUAGAUGCUAAUUCAGUCGUAUGUACCAUAUGCCUGAUGUAAUGCUAGUCAAUGAAUGUAAGCAGUAUUACUUUUAGCUACUGAAAAUGUAAUUAAAUAUUUUAUGUGUAAUGUACAUUAAAGUUUU